CUUUUCAGGGAUUAUAAAAGUGGUGAUGAUCUGCACAUUGGAGUUGCUGCAUCAAAUGGAGUAGUUUAUAACUUUGAUGAGCUUGGACUUCAUGCUGACACUACUGAUUGGGAACAAUGCAUUGUUGCAAGCAUGAGUGAUAUUUAUUUUUUGAGAUCAGAUAUUUGGGAUUCUAAGCUUCAACAGAUGCUUUUGAGUGGGGUUUGGACUUCUGAGGAGUGAGUGGUAAACCAGUCCUCUAAGUCCAUAUGCACAUCUGGAAAUGAUCAUGUAACCUUUUAGGUGUGAACUUAUUCAAGGACCAUGGGGCUAUGGGGCACGGUGGGCUAUAGCCCUGUCAAUAAUAUUGCCAUAAUUUUUUUUGCACUUAUGAAAGUACUUCUUAUCUUUCUGUUAAAAGCAAACACAAUUUCUUUAUCAAAUGUAUGUUUUUGUGCAGAAAACUUAUAAACAGAAUGGUGAUAAAAAUUAGACAAAAAAAAUGUCCACAGGACUGGGUAGAAAUAAAUGUGUUUCUGGUGAUCUCAGAAGCUCUAAGUCUCAAAAUUUUCUGGUGGAGCAUGCCCCUGGACCCCCCUACAUAAACUCGCACCUUUGGUGCUCUGAUUUAAAGCUUGUGCUACACACAAGUUAGCCCUACCAAUCUAAAAUAUGUGGUGGUCCCUGUUAUUGGCUUAACUGACAUAUCAAAUUUUUAAUCUUCUGAUGAGUUUAUAUGGAUAUGGGGAGGGAGAAGGAGGUGGAUGAGGAAGAUUACUGAGCAUUUUGUUUUGUAAUGAUAAAAAGAAUAGAAUAGAGCGAUUUUCCUGUGACCUUGAAAAAUGGUUUCGGUUUUUUUUUUAUUUUGUUUUAUCAGCCAAUAGUUUAAAAGAUCAAAACAUGGACUCUUCGUUUUCCCACCAAAGAAAGCCCUAUUAUGGAGAGGGCAUUGUUCGAUUGGCCAAUCAUGUUGCAGUAUGAUGUCAAAGCAAAGUAUGGAUUUAUUUCUUAAAAAUUUCUUGGGCAUGAAGUUUUUUCACAUGAGCAUUCGCGUAACCAACCAAAAGCCACGCGUGUUUGUAUUCGUUCGAUAAACCAAUCAAAUUGCUCUAUAUCCAUUCGUUUGUUGUUUCUCUUUUAUUCGCAUGUUUUCAUUUCAAGGUCAUACGAAAGUCGCUCUAACAAUGGUGCAUAUAACAGACACAAUUUAAUGAGACAAAAAUAUUAAUAAAAAUAGGAAUUCACCAAUUUUCACUUUUGAACUUGGAUUACAAUAAUUCAGUGGUGAUAUAACUAUAAAAUAGCUACAAUAACUCCCCCCUGCACUUCCUUUGUCUUGCCCAUCCACAAAAAUGAAAAAGAAAAAAAAGAGUGAGGUCAAUAUUCAGUUAUCCUGACCAAACACGCGUGUACAAUAAAAGAGUUAUUAUAUGGAACUUCAACAACAUCUUUCUUGCGGACUAAUGAGGGUGGGAUCGGUCUGUCAUGAAGUAUACAUACAAAUUCAUAGGCUAAUGACUCCUUUAUUUUCUCUCAUAAUCAUUUCUUUUUUGUAGGUAUGAUGAAAUCGAAAACAACUGCUACGACUUUGCACUGAGUUUCUUGAAUGAACUUCUACUUAUGGACAUGAAGCCAAAGUUACAAAAAGCAAACUUUUGUAAGGAUUUUAUUGUCCCAUGGACAACUAAGGCAGCACAUUACAUUGACUUGUACAGACGAAUACAGCAGAGAGGGGGAAUAUCUGUGGAAAAAAUUCAAAGAUGA